CCAAAAUUGUGCUGUAUAUCUAAGAAGCAGUGAGAGGAAAUGGCCAGUCAGUCCAUGGAGGUUGUUGCGAAGGCUCUGGAGCAGCAGGUGCUGCAUUCGGCACGGAUGGUGGAAGAGCAGCUGGAUGCCAAACUGGAGAAGUUAGAGCGCAUGGAUGAAGAUGAGCUGGAGCGACUGAAGGAGAGAAGGCUUGAGGCCCUUAAGAAGGCUCAGAAACAGAAGCAGGAGUGGAUAUCUAAAGGACAUGGUGAAUACAGAGAGAUCCCAAGUGAGAAGGAUUUCUUUUCUGAGGUUAAAGAAAGCAAAAGUGUGGUCUGCCAUUUCUACAGAGACUCUACCUUUAGAUGCAAAAUUCUGGACAAGCAUCUAGCUGUUUUGGCGAAGAAACAUCUGGAAACAAAGUUCAUCAAACUAAACGUUGAGAAGGCUCCAUUCCUAACCGAGAGGCUGAGGAUCAAGGUCCUUCCCACACUGGCUCUGGUGAAGGACGGGAAGACUAAGGAUUAUGUUGUGGGCUUCAACGAUCUGGGUAACACGGAUGAAUUCCCUACUGAAAUGUUGGAGUGGAGACUGGGCUGCUCGGCUAUCAUUAACUACAGUGGGAAUCUAUUGGAGCCACCAGCUAUUGGACAGAAGUCCGGGUCGAAGUUUACCAAGGUGGAGAAAAAGACCAUCAGAGGCAAAGGUUAUGACUCAGACUCUGAAUCUGAUGAGGAUUAGAAGACCAAAACAUAAAGCUCCGUCUUUCUCAGGGCUUCCUACAUAACAGUCCUAAAUCUUGUAACACCACUUUGUGGUCACAUUUUUGUUUGUAUUUUUGCAGUGUCUAUUUAAUUUAUUGUCUCUCACCUUUGUCUUAUGUUUGCCCAUGUUAAGAUGACUGAAUACUACCUGAUAGGUUAUUUAUACUU